AUGAAUUCACUAAGGUUAAUAGCAAGGUUACUAUCCACUAUCCUUGUGAUAAACUUGAUACUUCAUCUUGUUAAAAGGCCUUUUUUACCUUGGUUGUAUCAUUGGCUCUUAACUUGUCCACCUAGAGCUGAAAGAUGUGAGCUUUUAUGGCAAAAAUCGCCACUAAUAGAGAGACUGGUUUGGAGAAUCCUUGAAUGUAUCGAGAAUCAUCAUGUAGUUUGA